AUGGAAAAUGUAGAUUUCCUCGUUGAGCUUUCGAAAUCGCAGGAUGCAGGCGCUCUUUUGAAGGCAUCUCUUACUCUUUUAUCUGUUGGCAUUCACUCGACGAUUGUUUCAGAUGCCCUGCAGGAGGUUUCGAUUAAAGUUGUUGAUAUUUUAACGGCUAUGGCGAUUCCUGUGGAGUUAUUGGAUCAUGAUUCAUUGACAUAUUCUGAGUUACAGGGUCAUAUUUUUGCCCUCAAAGCAACUUUUGAUGAAAUAGAUGCUACCAAAUAUAAUGGGUUGAUCAUACCAGGUGGACGUGCUCCGGAAUAUCUUGCAAUGAAUGAAUGUGUUGUAGAAUUGGUUAAGAAGUUUUCCGAGUCACGAAAGCCAAUUACCUCCAUUUGCCAUGGACGGUUGACUUUGGCUGCAGCAGAACCAGAGACCGGGGCCUUUUGCACCAGUGAUGGGAACCUUAUAACUGGAGCCAAAUACGACGGCCACCCUGCUUUUCAAGUGCCCGAAUCAACAGUUCAAAAGAGUGUCAAAGAUGAAUUGGAUGCAAGGCAUGAUUCUUCAUGA